CAUAGCCUUGUUACGAACAUUUCCUCCUGAGCUUCUUCUCCAAUCUCCAUCCAUUCAGCUGCUCGGAACUCCCAUAUUUCCAUUCUCUACCAAAUUCGACAAAGAGAGAGACCAAAGAUGACGGAGGCAGCGAUAAGGAAGAAGCCAGGCAUGGUGAGCGUGAAGGACAUGCCGAUCCUCCAAGACGGGCCGCCUCCGGGCGGGUUCCCGCCGGUCCGGUACGCCCGUAGGAUCCCCAACAAGGGACCCAGCGCCGUGGCCAUUUUCCUCGCCGCCUUCGGUGCUUUCUCCUGGGGCAUGUACCAGGUCGGCAAGGGCAACAAGAUCCGCAGAGCGCUGAAGGAAGAAAAGUAUGCUUCCCGGAGAGCAAUAUUGCCUCUUCUUCAAGCUGAAGAAGACGAAAGAUUUGUCAAAGAGUGGAAGAAGUAUCUUGAAUAUGAGGCCGAAGUAAUGAAGGACGUGCCUGGUUGGAAAGUUGGUGAAAAUGUAUACAACUCUGGGAAAUGGGUACCCCCAGCAACUGGUGAACUCCGUCCCGAUGUCUGGUGAAUAGUAUUCCAACUGCAGUUGCUUUUGUGGAUGAUGUUUAGUCGUCAAGAGUUUGUUAUUUUUCAAGCAAGUUUCUUGUGUUGCUCAUACUGAACACAGUUCCAGUGAAAAUAAAAAUGUAUUUGAAACCUUUUGUUUUUA